CGGGGCUGGCUAGGGAGCCGCCGCCGCCGCCGAGGGCUCCGACUCCAGGCAGCGGCCGCUGGGCUCGCGGCGCGCGGAAAGUUGGGUCGGACCUGAACCCCUAAAAGCGGAACCACCUCCCGCCCUCGCUCCCGCCGCCCGCCCGCAGCUGAGUCGCUGGCGGCGGUGGCGGCUGACGGAGCGGGAGUUUCCUCGCGCGCUGGAUGGAGCUGAACUUUGGGUGGCCCGAGGAGCGCAACCGUCCGGGGAUCGCUGCGUGCUGAGCGCCCUCGGAGAGACUCAGCGGCGGCUGGAGAUCUUUUUGGGGGGCGGGGACCAGCUGCGCGCCGGCACCAUGUUCCUGGCGACCCUUUACUUCGCCUUGCCGCUCCUGGACUUGCUCCUGUCCGCGGAAGUGAGCGGCGGGGACCGCCUGGACUGCGUGAAAGCCAGCGACCAGUGCCUCAAGGAGCAGAGCUGCAGCAGCAAGUACCGCACGCUGAGGCAGUGCGUGGCGGGCAAGGAGACCAACUUCAGCCUGGCGUCGGGUCUCGAGGCCAAGGACGAGUGCCGCAGCGCCAUGGAGGCCCUGAAGCAGAAGUCGCUGUACAACUGCCGCUGCAAGCGGGGCAUGAAGAAGGAGAAGAACUGCCUGCGCAUCUACUGGAGCAUGUACCAGAGCCUGCAGGGAAACGAUCUGCUCGAAGAUUCCCCGUAUGAACCAGUUAACAGCAGAUUGUCAGAUAUAUUCCGGGUGGUUCCUUUCAUAUCAGUGGAACAUGUCCCCAAAGGGAACAACUGCCUGGAUGCAGCCAAGGCCUGCAACCUCGACGACACCUGCAAGAAGUACAGGUCGGCGUACAUCACCCCGUGCACCACCAGCAUGUCCAACGAGGUGUGCAACCGCCGCAAGUGCCACAAGGCCCUCCGGCAGUUCUUCGACAAGGUCCCCGCCAAGCACAGCUAUGGGAUGCUCUUCUGCUCCUGCCGUGACAUCGCCUGCACCGAGCGGAGGCGGCAGACCAUCGUGCCCGUGUGCUCCUAUGAGGAGAGGGAGAAGCCCAACUGCUUGGAUCUGCAGGAUUCCUGCAAGACGAAUUACAUCUGCAGGUCUCGCCUUGCAGAUUUUUUUACCAACUGCCAGCCGGAGUCAAGGUCUGUUAGCAGCUGUCUGAAGGAGAACUACGCUGACUGCCUCCUCGCCUACUCGGGGCUCAUUGGCACCGUCAUGACCCCUAACUACAUCGACUCCAGCAGCCUCAGCGUGGCCCCGUGGUGUGACUGCAGCAACAGCGGGAACGGCCUGGAAGAGUGCUGGAAGUUUUUGAAUUUCUUCAGGGACAAUACGUGCCUCAAAAAUGCAAUUCAAGCCUUUGGCAAUGGCUCUGAUGUGACUGUGUGGCAGCCAGCUCUCCCAGGACAGACCACCACGGCCACCACCACCACAGCCUUCAGAGUCAAGAGCAAGUCCCUGGGGCCAGCGGGGUCUGAGAACGAAAUCCCCACUCACGUCUUACCACCUUGUGCGAACUUGCAGGCACAGAAGUUGAAAUCCAAUGUGUCAGGCAGCACCCACCUCUGCCUCUCUGAUCGCGAUUACGAAAAGGAUGGUCUCGCUGGUGCUUCCAGCCACAUAACCACAAAAUCAAUGGCUGCUCCUCCAGGCUGCGGUCUGAGCCCACUUCUGGUCCUGGUGGUAACUGCUCUGUCCACUCUGUUAUCUCUAUCUUUGGCAGAAACAUCGUAGCUGCAUUUAAAGAAAACAACAUGGACAUGUAAAAAGACAAAAAAUUGAGUUAUCUGUUUCCUGUUCUCUUGUACACCUCAAGUUCCGGUUUUAGGAGCCCAGUUGAGAAACAAUUCCAUCCGACUGGAGCUUUCUUUUUUUUUUUUUUUCCUUUUUUCUUUCAAGAAAGCUUCUUGUGAUCUUUCAGGGCUUCUGUGGAGAACCCGAGGCAGUGCUACAUUCCCAGCGGAGAAGGCUCUGGGGCACACUGUGUUGCCAAAGGACAGUGUGUAAAUCUGAUUGUAGAGCAAUCUGGGGCCAUGGUGUCCACCGCGGUGGUGGUGGUGGUGAUGGUCACGGUUUUGAUCUGACCAGCUGGAGAAGGAGUUGCCACUUCUAAAGAUCCGUAUCCAUGUAAUGGCUUUGAGUUCUAAUGACAUAAACUGCAACCUAACAUAGAUGACAAGCCUUUUUUUUGCUGUGCUACAAAGCGCGGAUUCUCAUGAAGAGUGACCUUUGUGGAAACAAGCUUGUGCCAAUGUUCACCUUUUUAUAUGUGCUAGCAUUUUCCAUGCUAACGUUUAUAUACUGUAAACAGUUCUGUAUUUGCCUGCAAAACAAAAAAGCGCCUGCCACAUCCCAAUGUAGUAUCUGUCUCUUAGUCAACAGAGCGUGGGCGCGACACUUCACAGUACCUGGAUCAUGGAACGACCCUCUCCUAAGCCUCACCUGAGUGAGAAGCCCUUAAGUAGCAGGUGUCAAACAUAGCCGAAACAUCGCUCUAGAAUUCUUUACAUUUAUGAGGUUAUAUGUAGACAAAACAGUUUUACUUCUAAGUGAUUUCAACUCUUGGCUUUCUAUAUUUUGAAAGUAAUGAUACGGUCGUUUUUUUUACUGAUGGUUUAAUAUAAAAUAUGUGGAACUUGUUUUCCUCUCCUAAGUUAGCUCCAGUACUCACUUGACAACUACAACUCAAAAGCAGACUCGGAGGGACCUCGUGGUCCAGAAGGAAGCUCUGUUGCAUCCUCACAGUGGGGCAGGAGGAUCCAGCACAUCCCAGCGGUGUGUUCUGAAACACAAGGGUGCCCGCCUGUGAGCAGCCAUGGCCGCUGGCAAACGUUCUGCCAUGUCUGAUGGCAGCCUUGCCAUGGACGCAACCCAGAAGCUUGGUAUCACCUGCCACAGGCCACUUUGAUUAGAAUGGGGCCCGAGGACAUGGUUGUUUUCCCGAGGAUCGUCUUUAAACCUGACCAUGACGUCUUGGCCGCUGUUGGGUCUGGUAGGCCCGAGGGAACGCUUGCAUCUUGUUUCUGUCCUCCGUGGCAGGUGGUGACCGACUACACAAAAACGAGAGAAAGGAGGUUUAUGAAUCAAGAGGAUCGACAUGAGGCCUGGGGUGCGGAGUUGGUUGGCACAGCGAAGCAGAACAGGACUCUGGGAAUAAGGCAACCGGCUCUGACACCCGCAUAUCGUUCGUUCUCUUCCUCUAAAGAACAGACCCUAAAGUGCACUUUGGAUGCCUGGUUUUAGAUGGUGACACUCAGAAUCAGCAGUAUACCAGUACUGGUGGCGCGCUCUCCCACACUGACAAGACAAGACAGGCUUCUCCGUAGGCACGUGCUGGGGAGAGGCAGCUUUCUCCCCGUGUCGGCAGAGGGGCUGGAGGAGCAACCCCACGGCGCGCAGGUCUUAGCAUCGCCCUUUGCCCGCUGAAGUUUGCCUUGAAAGAUUCAUCACACUACUGGGGGGAGGGAAUCUAUGAAAUCCCAGGUAAAAGCAUAGUCUUAUAGCUCUCUUGGUGUUUGAAGUACAUUUAUAGCCAAAUGUUAAUAAACACAAAUGUAUAAUACUCACCACCAACUUUUUUCACUUCCAAAUGUUUUCAAGGGAAAUUCAUGAAACACCCAACUGUAUUUGAUUAGCAAGAUUCCAUAAAGACUCUGAAUAAACACAUUAAAUGUGUCAAAAUAUUUGGAAUGCCAGUCAUCUAUGAGGGCCUAUCUCUUACAGAGCGUAUUUAGUUUGGAUUAAGGUAUCUCUCUCUGUAUCUACUCUGGACUAAUUGCACGUGGGUCUGAGUCUGUGUGAUCCACUGUAGAAAACUAUUGAUUUCUUCUGCAGUAAACAGCAGCUCUAAUUAGCUUCAGAUGACCAAAGAGGAAACGGGAGUUCUGAGUGCUAACAAGGGCAGGCUUUAUCGAAGAAUGCGUGGAUAUGCAACACACAAAUUAAAUUUUGAAAAGCCUCAUCCAUCACCAACAGAGACCUCAUUUUUCUUCAGAAAUAAAAGCUAUAUUAGAGUUAUCAAAUCCUCCGUUUGAAAAAUAAAUUGCUGAUUAAAUAAACUGGGAGUAUCUUGUUCAGGGACCACACGUUAAGAGAGAUUUUACAAAAUCCAACCAAGCCAGUGCUUCUGCCAACCAGGAUGUUGUCAUUUUAACACAGUGACCCUGAAACACUGAAGCAGGCCAGUGAUGUCUUUUUACCCGACUUCCUCUUGGAGUUUGUAAAAGCAAAAAUGAUUUACCUGUCCUUCAGUCCCUGUGUUGAUGGACUGACUGUCCCUUGACCGGUGUUGGGGCCUCUUGCAGGAGGCGUCUUGUUGUAGUUGAUGCUGAUAGAAACAAAGAGAACAAGUUAGGCCUAUGGAGCCCAGGACUCCCAGAGCAAGUCCAGCCGUCCCCUACUUAGAGAGGGAGAGGGACGGAGGGAGAGGCAAUGUUGCCAGACUGAUCAGAAGCACAUUCAGUCCCCUUUGAUGUUGAGUAUCUUUGACCAAUAUGCAUUGGAGUGUUUCCAGAGAGCACACGAAGGAAGAAGUGCACAAUGUAGAGAAGGGGCUCAGAAUGCCGAAUGAAUAUUUUUCCAUAUCAGAUUUUUUUCAAGCCUCUAAUAGAAAAAGUCUACAUUGCAAAUUCCAUAGUUUAUUUUUUCAUUGAGCAUAGCAAAGUAUAUCCAGAGAGUGAUAGGAAUGUGGGUUCCAUUUAAUUUUCUUAAAAUACACUUCAUUUCCCUAUAGUAAAAAUGUCUUAGAAGUUGUGGCUGUGUGGUCAUCUGAUGAAGGACAGGCUCCUCUCUGGGGCCCCAUGGCCUCUGACUGGGCCUGCUCCUGGGUUAGUGUGCUCCAGGGGUCAGGGCUCCCAGCUCUGUCUCCCUUCCUGCCUCCGUCAGACCCUCCCCACCACUCCAUCUGCCGAGUUAGGAAAAUGGAGGGCGGAAGCAUUUUUGAGCCAGUGUGAAGUGCUUGGGAAACGAAACAUAAGAGCAGUGGGAGUUUAUAUAAUUAGCAACUUCUUUUCUCAGCACCCAACAUAAAAACUAUUUCCAUUAUUAUUUACAAAAUAGUAGCCUCGGGGGAGCCAUCUUUUGGAAAGUAAGUCUUCAUUCAUUUUGUUAGAUGUGCGUGACUUAGCUCCAUGAACCGUGGGCCGGGAAAGGCUGCGUGGAUGACACACGCCCCUCGCUCCUGGACGCCUUGCCCCAUGGUCCUGGUUGCUCUUGCUUGCUUCUGCUCUUGGCUGUAGCCAGCGAGACCUUGGCAGAAGCGAUGGCAACAGACUGGAGUGAACGAGCCCUGGCUCAGGCACUCCAGAGAAGCCCAUCUGCAGAGGGCUUGAGAACGUGGAUGGAGGGCAGAAUCGAGGUGCAAGAGGCGGCCUGCACGCGUCACGCAGUCUGCUGAUGGCCCUUGCUGACCGGAAUCGGCAGCAAAGCAGCCAGGGUUUUCUGGAUCAGGCAGCAAUUCCUUCACAGGAAAGGAAAGCCAGGAAUAUCUGCAAAAUCUCGCAUCGAGCAGCUGGGGAUUUUGCUGGCUGCUCGGAGGAGCUCCACUUUGUUCUGGUCCCCAAGACGCCCGGCACCUGUACACGUCUCGCCACACGCUGAGCUUGACCCGGCUUUUCUUCUCAAGAGACCACUCGUCUAAGUCUCCCGACUGGAAUUCUUUUCACGGGACCCAAAGAGGGUCACAGCAGAGGCCUGAAAUCUCCGGUUCUUGCCGCUGCCGCCAGCUGGGAAUGCAUUAGGUGGGGCAUUUCAUUCCCCAAGGACCGUUAUCGGGAGACACUGGCCGACUCUACUCUCGUUCGUAUCUGGAACGGACGCCUUCACCGCCCUCCCUCGUUCUUCGUGGCCUCCACAUCUCACAGGGCCCCUGCCCAGCAAGUCCUCACCCUGAAACCGCGAUUUCUAUCCGAUGUCUGUUUAGGAUGGAGCGGCCCCUCUCCGGAGCUCGACAGUCUAAAGAUGAUCUUCAUCCCCGACUAGGAAUUGUGUGUGCCUCUCCCUCCUGAGCCCACUCUUCUCAGCUGGGGGCAUCUUGUCUGCUAUAUCCUCACUGGAAGUCUCUUCUCCUCUCCAAGACAACACGGGGGUGGCUGGCCGGCAGGACGCGACACCUGCACUUCUGUUGGUUCCGAGACCCAGCCAGAGGGGUGGGGCCGGCGUACAACCCCUACUUCCAUAAACCGCCUGCACAGAAUCCCAGCCUGCUAAUUGUCAUCAAGGCCCCGGCCCCCUGAGAUCUCCAAGCUCAUUUGACCAGCACAGCUGUGACUUGGGCUGUGUGCCUCUGGCAGGUGCCACUAUCAGCAUCUUGUCCCACUGCCAUGAGGAGUUUGUUUUUGUCCAAGGGCAGCUGCCAAGCCCAGCACCAGUAUCAAUAGAAGGUUCUGUUUCCUUUGCAUCUCAGGCUGGGUUUUCCUACCGAUUCCGUUUUUGGGUUGUGGAAGGAGCAGGAUUCUGGGGAGAAACCAUCAGCUUUCCAUUCAUUCUGAUGUCUUUGCCUGCUCACCAGCCUGCCCCAGCCGGAAGCGUGACCCAUACUAAGUAUUUAAACAGCACUGGAUGAGAAGUUUUGGGAUAGCGGAGGGCUUUGUUGUCCUACAGUAGCGUGAACUGGCCCACUUGCAUAACCCUGCUGGCAUCCAGCUGUGUUUACCCGGAUUUGUCCUCCUGAGAUUAUGGAGGGACAGACACCUGCGACCGAGACUCUUAAAGCAUUUGGACCAAAACAACUUCACAUCUGGCCCCCGUGUUUCCCACCCAGGAGGAGCUCAGCAUGGCCAGCCAGGCCCAGCACAUUCAGCUGUCCAUCACCGAGGCCAGGACCCAAAGCUGGGUGGGCUUUGUGGGAAGUUAGCUCAUGAGUCUGCCUAGAUCUCGCCUUGCUGCGUGCGCGGUAUGUGGGCAGAAGAGAUGGGCCACUCUCCGGAGGAUAUCCUCUCCAGGGGCCACGUCAAGUGCUUGUCCAUUGAGCACAUUUCUUGAACGAGGGUUCCGAGUACAUGAACCAUCACUUGUAGCUCAAGUUCCCUGGUGCACAUCUCUUCCAGAUGGGCAGAAGCCUUUAUUAGACGUGCUUUAGACUAAAUUCUUUUUAUAAAUAGUCCAUGCACCUGUUUUUCAGGUUCGUCUCCAAGACUAAGUCUCUGUCCACAUUUGUGUUGUAGGAGAGCCCAGUGCACCCUCAUUGGGGGAGGCAAACAUAUGACCCUCUUGCUGAGCCUGAAAAACCACCCUGAAGAACCCACAUGAUCCCUGUUCUGGGCCUCUGAUGGCUGUGAGCUUAGUGGAGUGGCCAGAGCUGGCAGGUACCAGCCACGGUGCAGGCGGGAUAAGACACUAGAAGUGCUUUAGCAAGGACAGAAACAACAGUGCUCAAACACAGCAAAACGCGAAUGUGCACAGUGACCCCGAUGCCCCCCCCCAACCCUAACAUAGAUCAGGGGAGAGGGGGAGGUAGGAUAAGAGUUGGAAAAUCCAAUGGAUGCUCUGGGUGUAGGAAACCCAGAGCUACAAAUGCCUAUAUUCAGUAAGGUCAGGUUGGUCACCUAGGGCCAGGCCAGGAUGACUGGAGCAGGUACAAGUGAGGGCGCUCUGGGCUGUGUCUGUGAAGUAGUAGGCAAAGCUCACAUUUAAUGCUGUGUGUGUGAGAGAGAGGGAGGGAGAGAGAGAAAGAAUUGCUGCAGGGCUGCAUGAUCCAGCAGUAUCUUCCUGGCUCGCAAAGCAUGCCUGAUCUCAAGGUUGGGUUUGUAUUUUAUUUUAGCCUUAGCUGAAGGCAUUUCUCAAAUGUGGCCAAAAAAAAAGAGAAUGGAAACUGUAGCACCAAACCCCACGUCGCCCUUCCUUAUUGGGCCGUGGCCUUGCUGGAAUCCGGCCUUCCUGAUGCGCUGGUCUGCAUUCAGAAGUAGCCAGCUGUCCUCAGAGGGUUGAAGAAAUGGCUUCAGCACCCUGACAUCCGGGACCUUACAGUUCUCCUAAUUAUCUGUCUUUCUCCUCUUCUCCUUUCCUUCCCUGCGGGGAGUGGGGGAAGCACUUUUCGCCUGGGAGUUUGCUUUAAAGAGUUUCCCUGUCUCCUCUGUGUUAUCCCUUGAUAUUGAAAUUAUUUUCUCUGUUUAAUCCAACUCCUGCUGAGAAGCUGUGUGAGAUUUAGGAUGUGGGAUUUUUUCUUGUACACUUUGGGAUGUCUUGCAUUUCUUACUCUUGCCCCGAGGGUACGUCUCGACUUCUGCUCGUUCUGUUUUAUGCAGGUUAACACCACAGGUGGGAUGGAAGAAGCCUUCUGAUUUCUAGGAUAUUUUUAGAAUUCUGUCCUAAGCCAGGGGUAGAGCGAGCUUCAUUGAGAAGCCUCUGGUUACGAGAGGCGGCUGCUGAGCCGCUUCCCUCUGGGUCCCCACGUCCUGUCUUGUGUCGACGGAGGUUACACCUGUGGAUGAUGAUCCAUCUGUCUCGUCGUCUUGUGCGUCUGCGUUCACGAGGACACCUGUCCGUGCUCCUGGGCUCAGCCCCACGCUGCCUCCUCACACAGCUGUUUCUGCAGUGUGCUCUCUGGCUGACACCCGCAGAAGAACAAGGCGUGCGGAAGUACAAGGUUUGCAUCUUGGGCUCCAACAGAGGUUUUUUGACUUCUGAGUUUCCUGUUAGCGGAGUGCUCAGGCUCAACAGAGUGGGCGUAGUCCCUUUGGCCAUCCCUCCACCCAGAA